UAUCGCUAGAGCUUUUUCAGAUGGUAUAAUAGAUAGACGCAAAUUACUGUUAGUUUAAAUUUCAUAAUAUUACUUAACACAAAAGAGAAAGUGAGUGUGUUAAACUGUUUGAUGUUAUAGGUUGUCAGCAGUUUCACCUUUGAAAAUUUACGGCCGCUUGACCGGGGUGGAGUACAAAGGACUGGUCAGCUCUGCGGCGGUGGUCAUUCCGAGCAUGAGCUCGGGGGAAAUGAUUGGUGGUAACUCAUCAUCUCAAUUAAAGUGUUUAUAAGCAGUAUUGUUAGCUCUUGAAACAUACGUUGUUAACUUGUUGAGAACCUACUGAGUUUAUAAGCCAAUUAUCGUAUACUCGGAAACAGUGAAGUAUUGUGUGGACUCUCGACUUUCGGUUAUUCACUUACACUUGGACAUCGCAGGCAACAUGGAGGUAUGGGGCGUACUUUGCUGCAUCUUGGGAGCGCAGAUUUCCUCAGUGAGUGGAAGUGCAGGAAAUGCAUGGACGUACAGAGGUUCGAUGGGUCCAGACCAUUGGCACAUGGACUACCCGCACUGCGGUGGCGUGAAACAGUCGCCUAUCGACAUCCGGACGGGGGAAGUGGUGGUGGACCCCACUCAUCUGGCGCCGAUCGUCUUCUCCGGCUACGACCAGGUGUCCAACAUCCAGUACACGCUCGAGAACAACGGGCACACAGUUCAAGUGGACCUAAACGAUCAAAAGAUGUUGAUAAGCGAAGGCGGCCUGGGAUCCACCUUUGUCGCCGAGCAGUUCCACUUCCACUGGGGCGCCGCGGACACGCGUGGCUCCGAGCACUCCAUAAAUGGCCGCCACUACCCAAUGGAGAUGCACAUCGUCCACUACAACCGGCGGUACGGGAACCUGACGACCGCCAUGGACAAGGAGGACGGUCUCGCAGUCCUGGGAUUCUUCUUCGAGAUUGGAAGAUUUAACGUCCACUUUGAACAAAUCAUCCACCACUUUAAAGAAAUAAAAUACAAAAACGAGAACGUGCCGAUCCACUCGAUACCGCUGAUGGAGCUGAUCCCGGCGCGCCUGUUCAACUACUUCCGGUAUCAGGGAUCUCUUACCACGCCUCCCUGCUACGAGAGUGUCACGUGGACACUCUUCAACGAGACCAUAGAGAUUGCUGAAGAACAGCUUCAGGCGUUCCGGACAACAAUUUUUGAAAACGACGAAAGCGAGGGUGGGGUAUCCAUCGACAUCUCGGACGACUACCGGCCCGUACAGUGCCUCCACCGGCGCCGAGUGUACGCCAGCCACACGUCCCUCCACUUCGUAUCCGGCCCUGUCGCCACCCUGGAUGACAACCCGUCCACCGCUAACGCAAUUACAAGCCUUGUAUCGACUAUUCUAUUCAUUAUGGUGUUGAUGAAUAUUGCUCUAUAAGUAUAUUAUGUAAUAUUUCAAAGAAGAAUGUCAUAAGGAUGUUAAUGCAUGUAUCUCAGAAAACUAUAUUUGUGAUGACGAGAGUGAUUAGUUUAACGGCAGAUGCGAAAUGCAUUGUUAAGUGCUUCGAACCGUAUACUUAUAGAUAUUGGAAUGAUUGUGUACGUGGUAUGUAUGAUUGUGUACGUGGUAUGUAUGAUUGUGUACGUGCAUGCUAUCUAUGAUUGUGUACGUGCAUGCUAUGUAUGAUUGUGUACGUGCAUGCUAUGUAUGAUUGUGUACGUGGUAUGUAUGAUUGUGUACGUGGUAUUUUUUAUCCCACAUCUUCAUAUCUACUAAUGAACAUUGAUUGACAAACUAAUAGCUGCAGCAGUUUAUACAAUAAGAUACGACAUGUGAAUGGCAAUAUCAUUCUACAUAUACGGAAAUGAUCAACUCAAUUAUUUGAAAUUACACUGCAUCAGCCUGCAACAAGUGUUCAGGGUGUUUAACAUAUUAACAGAUGUUAGAUCUAAUUACUUAUGUUCUUUUAUAUUAAGGUAUAUCUAAUGCUUGUACGUGUGUGUUCAAUGAAAUGAAACAUCAGUAUCGUUCGCGACUAAUGCCAUCUUCAAAUCUAGCGAAUCACUAAUAUUACUCGUGAAUAAAUACUUUCAAACCUGUGUGGAAAUACAGAAUGAAUUACAACAAACUUAUCAUAACUGUGGCACUCUCCGUCUGUUUCUUUCAUCAUAAACCCCAUCUUUUUAUGUACAUUUAUUCGGAAAAAGUAUGUUUAUCAGUGUACAGUUUGUAAAUGCAGCUUCGUAAUCAAGUUUAUUUGUGAUUUUAUAUUGUGGUAGUGUUAUUUUAUUACCAGAGCACUUUUUUUCUGACUCCAUUUGGUAUUACGCAAUAUUUGGUCAUAUGGAUUUAGAAUUGUAAAUUUCAUUAAUUUGUGACAAAACAAACAUCUUUUUAAGUGUCCAAGUUAGAUAUUUAAUGGUCUGUCUCUCUGUCUGACCUGUAUGUUUCUUCGAUUCACUGCACUAUAGGAUUUAUAUAUGUGUGUGCUUUGCCUCAGUGGUUUUCACUGUUGUUUUGUCAUUAAAACUUACACCUUGUUAUUGUUGGGAUUAUGGAGAGUUUAUGAUUUACAGCUUUAUAUGAAGACAUUUGAUUUGUUGUUUAGUAACUGGGUUUUAUUGUAUGAAUUCGAAUCUUAGUUGUUUUGACUUCAUAGUACUUAAGCUAACAAUUGUUUUAUUUCACCAUUGACUACAAAAACCAAAUACUUUGUUAAUUUUUGGACCAAUACUUUUACAUGUGUCUUUAAUUGUCAGCCUUAUCCAUCUGUUUCUUACAUGUAUGUAUACUGUAAAAUAUAACCGGAGUUUAUUUUCAUUUUUUGAAAUAAACGUUACUUCAGUUA